AUGGUUUGGAGGCAAAAAAGGGGUGAUUCUCGAGAAAGAGACGCAUUGAUCAAGUGUCCCAGCGGCAUAAGGAAGUCCCAGCGGCCUUUUGGCCCCUCAAGAAGCCGCUGCCAGCACUGUGAAACGGAGAAGUAUGGGAGCGGCCUUACGCAGCGGUGUACCGAAGCCGCUGUAGACGCUCGAGAGAUGAAGACUCAAGAAAUGAAGACCAAGUGCGGGAGCGGCCUGACGCAGUGGUGUGACGAGACCGCUGGCAAAAUACCUCCUUCCCUGCCGCGUUCGUACUUGUCGCAGCGGUGUACCGAAGCCGCUGUAGACGCUCGAGAGAUGAAGACUCAAGAAAUGGAGACCAAGUGCGGGAGCGGCCUGAGGCAGCGGUGUUACGAGACCGCUGGGAAAAUACCUCGUUCCCUGCCACGUUCGUACUUGUCGCAGCGGUGUGAUGACGAAGCAACUAAGAUCAGGAACGAAAUCUCCGGAUUUCAACAAAAAGGUCUAGAGAGCUUCAGUGAAGCAUGGGAAAGGUUCAAGGGUUAUUGGUCUCAGUGCCCUCAUCAUGGUUUCAGCAAGGAGAGCUUGCUUAGCACCUUCUAUAGAGGAGCCUUACCACAGUGCAGAAACAGGCUUGAUACUGCCAGCAAUGGUUUCUUCUUGGGGAGAACUGAAGAAGAAGCAGAGGAACUGGUGGAGAACAUGGCUAAGAGCGACUCAGUCUACAGCGAGGAGCAUGAUAGGGUCAACAGAAAUGAUGAUCAACAGACAAAGAGAGAGAUCAAGUCCCUGCAGGAGAAGAUGGACUUGCUUCUUUCUAACCAAGCUAAACAAGAGCAGGUCAACUUUGUGGGUGGUCCUAUUCAAGAGAUUCCUCCCAAGAUUAAUGAGUACAACAACUACCAGCAAAAGUCCUACUCAAACAACCAGCAAGGAGGAUACCAGCAGAGGCAAAACACUCAGCAAGGGAGCUAUCAGCCUAGGCAAAACACCCCUCCUGGUUUCAACAAUAACAACAAUCAGUCUACUCAAGCUCAAGGAAGUUCUUCACAGGCUCCAGCUUCAGAUACAAGUGUGGAUGCAAUGUUCAAGAAACUUUUGGAUUUUCAGGCCAAGAAUGAGAAGACAAUGGGUUAUGAGUUCACGAAAAUUCACUCCAAGAUUGAUGGAAGUUACAAUGAGCUCAACAACAAGAUCCGCCAUUUGGAGAAUCAGUUUGCUUCAAUGAACUCUCAGCCAAGUCGCCAACAAGGGGCAUUACCUGGAAAGCCAGAGCAAAAUCCCAAGGAGACAAUGAAAGCCAUCACCCUUAGGAGUGGAAAACAGCUACCACCAAGAACUCUCAUUAGGGAUAAUGAGAAGCAAGAUGGGGAGGUGGUCAUCAAUGUGGAUGAUGAUGUAGUUAUUAUGGAUGAGAAGACCAAUGAAGAGAUCUUGGAGAAAAUAGUUGAAGCAAAAGGAAAGGGUAAAAUUGGAGAAGAAAAGAAGGGGGAGAACAAGAAUGAAGUUGCUACUUCAUCAAAAGAAGCUCUAUUCAAUCCUCCUCCCUAUGAACCAAAACUUCCUUUUCCCGGUAGAUUCAAGAGACAGCUUUUGGAGCAAUACAAGGCUUUAUUUGAGAAACAAAUGAGUGAAGUUCAGAUUACUAUGCCCAUAAUUGAUGCCUUCAUGCUAGUGCCUCAAUACAGCAAGUUCCUCAAGGAUGCUGUAACUAAGAAGAAGAAGGAGAUGGAAGGCAUGGUGGUUCUUACUCAUGAGUGUAGUGCUAUUAUCCAAAGGCUAACCAUCCCUAAGAAGCUUGAAGAUCCAGGAAGCUUUACUUUACCUUGUGCCAUUGGGCAAUUUACUUUUGAGAGGUGUCUAUGCGAUUUGGGAGCAAGUGUGAGCCUUAUGCCUCUCUCCAUUGCUAAAAGGCUUGGCUUUACACAAUACAAGAAGUGUAGACUCUCUCUUGUGCUAGCUGAUCGCUCAGUGAAGAUUCCCAUUGAGAUGGAUGAAGAACCAACAGAUCCUUUAAUAUUGGGGAGACCUUUCUUGGCUACAGCAGGAGCAGUUGUGAAUGUUAAGGAAGGGAAGAUUGAUCUUCACCUUGGAAAGGGAAACAUUCUUCACUUUGACAUCAAGGAGGUGAUGAAGAAGCCUAUUACUCAAAGCCAAGCAUUCUACAUUGAGGAGAUGGAGGUGUUAGCUGAUGAACUUCUAGAGGAGUUGGCACUUGAAGACUCUCUACAACAUGCCUUAACAAUUGAGAGAGAGGUCCAAAUGGUUGAGAACAAGGAAAGUGAUGCUUAUGUGAAGAUGCUGGACUCUCACAGAGAGAUUAGUGAUGAAGAACAGAAUGAGGAGAUUUCAUAUGAGGAUCACCAUGCUUCCCCAACUUCUCAACAAGAGAAUCUCCAAGAGGAUGAUUGGAGUGAACUCAAAGCACCAAAAGUGGAGCUUAAACCUCUUCCCCAUGGUGUAAGGUAUGCUUUCCUUGGCCCUAAUGAGACUUACCCUGUCAUAGUGAGUAGUGAGCUUAGUGAAGAUGAAUUGUCUAAACUUUUGAAUGAACUUAAAAAGUAUAGAAAGGCAAUAGGCUACUCACUAGAUGAUAUUAAAGGGCUAUCACCUUCUUUAUGCAUGCAUAGGAUACAUCUAGAGGAUGAAUCUAUGACUUCUAUAGAACAUCAAAGAAGGUUGAACCCCAACUUGAAGGAUGUUGUUAAGAAAGAGAUUCUAAAACUCUUAGAUGCAGGAGUCAUCUAUCCUAUUUCGGAUAGCAAAUGGGUGUCUCCUGUGCAUGUUGUUCCAAAGAAAGGAGGAAUGACUGUGGUUAAAAAUGAUAAGGAUGAACUAAUACCAACAAGAACAAUAACAGGACAUAGGAUGUGCAUAGAUUAUCGAAAACUUAACAAAGCAUCUAGAAAGGAUCAUUUUCCAUUGCCAUUCAUUGAUCAAAUGCUUGAGAGACUUGCAAAUCAUCCAUAUUAUUGUUUUCUUGAUGGGUAUUCAGGGUUCUUCCAAAUCCCCAUACAUCCAAAUGAUCAAGAGAAAACGACUUUCACAUGCCCCUAUGGUACCUUUGCUUAUCGAAGGAUGCCAUUUGGGCUAUGUAAUGCUCCAGCCACUUUCCAAAGAUGCAUGAUGUCUAUUUUCUCUGAUCUUAUAGAGGAUGUUGUGGAGGUGUUUAUGGAUGAUUUCUCUGUCUACGGAUCUUCGUUUUCUGCUUGUUUGUCAAAUCUUAGCAGGGUCCUCAAGAGAUGUGAAGAGACCAACCUUGUGCUGAACUGGGAGAAGUGUCACUUCAUGGUUAAGGAAGGGAUUGUGCUUGGACACAAGAUUUCAGAGAGGGGGAUUGAGGUAGACAAGGCCAAGAUUGAAGUGAUGGUUGGGUUAGCUGCACCAAAGACGGUUAAAGACAUUAGAAGCUUCCUCGGUCAUGCUGGAUUCUAUAGAAGAUUCAUCCAAGACUUCUCGAUGAUAGCAAGGCCAAUGACUAAGCUUCUAUGCAAGGAGGCUGCAUUCGUCUUUGAUUGGGAAUGUCUACAAGCCUUCAAGAAGUUGAAGGAGAAGCUGGUUAGCGCCCCAAUUGUGCAGCCACCAGAUUGGGAUCUCCCCUUUGAGAUCAUGUGUGAUGCUAGUGACUAUGCUGUGGGAGCUGUUCUUGGUCAAAAGAAAGACAAGAAGACUCAUGUGAUCUACUAUGCGAGUAAAACUCUUGAUGAAGCCCAAAUGAAGUAUGCCACAACUGAGAAGGAGUUGCUAGCCAUUGUCUACGCCUUUGAAAAGUUCAGAAGCUACUUAGUUGGGUCGAAGGUCAUAGUCUACACUGAUCAUGCUGCAUUGAGACACCUCAUGGCCAAGAAGGAUGCUAAGCCAAGGCUGUUGAGGUGGAUCUUGCUGUUACAAGAGUUUGACCUUGAGAUUAGAGACAAGCCAGGAGUUGAGAAUAGUGUAGCAGAUCACUUGUCUAGACUGAAGAUUGAGAGUGGGAUCCCUAUUGAUGAAGGGCUUCCAGAAGAGCAAAUCAUGGCCAUUGGAGCGGUGGUAGCAGCUUGUGAAACUGGAAAGAAACUUGAAGAAGUGAAGGCAACUGAAGAGAAAGGGCCUUGGUAUGCUGAUUUGGUGAACUACUUAGCUUGUGGGAGAGAGCCACUUGAUCUUGAGGGAUAUGCCAAGAAGAAGUUCUACAAAGAUGUGAAGCGAUACUAUUGGGAUGAACCUUACCUCUACAUCCUUUGUAGAGAUCAACUCUAUAGAAGAGCAGUAGCUGAUGAAGAAGUUGAAGGGAUCCUCACACACUGUCAUGGAUCAUCCUAUGGAGGGCACUUUGCUACUUUCAAGACUGUCUCAAAGGUGUUACAAGCUGGGUUUUGGUGGCCUCAUAUGUUCAAAGACACUCAAGACUUUGUCUCUAGGUGUGAUUCAUGCCAAAGGAGAGGAAACAUCACCAAAAGAAAUGAGAUGCCUCAAAACCCAAUUCUAGAAGUGGAGGUGUUUGAUGUGUGGGGUAUUGACUUCAUGGGACCAUUCCCAUCAUCUUUUGGCAACAAAUACAUCCUUGUAGCUGUUGACUACGUCUCCAAGUGGGUAGAAGCUGUGGCAAGUCCCACCAAUGAUUCUAGGGUGGUGAUAAAGAUGUUCAAAAGUACCAUCUUUCCAAGGUUUGGAGUUCCAAGAGCUGUCAUCAGUGAUGGGGGUUCUCACUUCAUCAACAAGCUGUUUGAAAGUCUUCUCAAGAAGAAUGGUGUGAAGCAUAAGGUUGCAACACCAUACCAUCCUCAGACAAGUGGACAAGUUGAGAUCUCCAACAGAGAAAUCAAGUCUAUCUUGGAGAAAACAGUGGGGACUACAAGGAAGGAUUGGUCCAUCAAGCUAGAUGAUGCACUAUGGGCUUAUAGGACUGCUUACAAGACUCCUUUAGGAACCACGCCUUUCAACCUUGUGUAUGGGAAGGCUUGUCAUCUACCGGUUGAACUUGAGUACAAAGCAUUGUGGGCUGUUAAGUUGCUGAACUUUGACAUCAAGAGUGCAAAGGAGAAGAGACUUCUCCAACUCAAUGAACUGGAGGAGAUCCGACUUGAUGCUUUUGAGAACUCAAGGAUUUACAAGGAGAAAACCAAAGCUUUUCAUGACAAGAAGAUCUUGAAGAGAGAAUUCAAUGCUGGAGAUCAAGUGCUUCUCUACAACUCUAGACUGAAGUUGUUCCCCGGGAAGCUCAAGUCAAGAUGGUCCGGUCCUUUCAAGAUCAAGGAAGUUAGGCCAUAUGGGGCAAUUGUGUUAUGGAAUAAGGAUGGUGGAGACUUUACAGUCAAUGGACAGAGGGUUAAGCUCUACAUGGGAGCCACAACAGAGGAUGAGAGAACCUCAGUUCCUCUCUCCGAUCCCAUUCUCGCCUAGCCAAGAAUAAAGGAAGUCAAGCUAGAGAC